CUGCUAGGUUUUUCAGUAGUAUUGUCGGUCCCCCUUAACUGCCCUGCUUGGCCGUGUGUUGGUAAAGAAACUGGGAGGCUCUUCAAACGCACAUGGUUGAUGUAUUUAAGGCGGAACGGCCCGGUCUUUUUCCUUAAAGGCACACGAGCACGGAAUUAUUUAGACAUUGUUUUGCUCUCGGAAAGGCUGCUACUUCUGUUGACAAGCGAAAGGUGACUAAAGGGAUAUAUUGAAGCCUCUAACAUUAACCAGUAUUUUGAUCAAUGUAACUAUUGCCUCAACCAUAAUCCAUAUCCAGACCAAAACAUCUCGCAUAGUGUGACCUGUAGUGUUGAUCCAUUCGUGUUCCUUAACGUGCUGUCAAUGCGCGCCUUAAUGAAUAUUUGGUAUGUCUUAACUGCAAACCUGAGAUCGCAAUUAUUGUUUUCCAAUUCGAUUCUUAGAAAAUACACAUGGGGAAUUUGGAUAUUCUGCUUUAAUGCAUUGAAGAAACACAGGAGAUCUGAGUCUCGCGAUACAAGGUAAUUGACUGGAAGCAACUGGAUUGGUCAGAAGAUGCUUGUUGUAAGAUGGCGCCCAGAGAGGUGUGUGUGUAAGAAAGAAGAAAAAAAAUGCUAUUUAAUUAUUAUAUUUGGAAUUACUGCAAUCGACACCAUCUAAGAACAUUGCAGCAAUAGCAUCUUUCAUUCAUCUGCACUCGAUCUGACAAGAGCCGUGGCGCGCGUUGUUGAGACAUAAGAACAACAAACAAAAAGGUUCGGCCUGGGGAAAGUUCUGUUCUGCAGAGUCGGGGAGGGAGCCAGGGAGUGAGGAGGAGGAGGAGUGAGGAGGAGGAGGAGGCGGCCUCAUGAACAAUUCCAUGGAGGGCUCGGUGUCCUUCGAGGAGCUGGUCCGCGUGAAGGCUCGCAGCGUGCCCCAGCACCGCAUGAAGGAGUUCCUGGAGUCACUGGCCAACAAGGGCCCCGAGGCACUGCAAGACUUCAGCCAGCAGGGCGGCGGCGUCAGCGCUGCUGCAGCAGUGGACAGCAGCACCAUGGUCUACCAGCAGGCCACCAACUGCAUAUACACCGACAGCACAGAAGUGGCCGGCUCUCUUUUGGAACUGGCCUGCCCGGUCCAGAUCCAGGGUCAGCAGCAUGCGGGCCAGGUGCUGCAGGUUCCCUCCCCAUCUCACCACCACCACCACCACCAGCAUCAACAGCAGCAGCAGCAUCUACAGGCAGUUUCCACGGCAACACAGCUCAUUCAGCACGAGCUCACAGAAGAGCAGCAUCAACAGCUUCAGGCCCAGUUGGUAGCUGCGGUGGCGGGAGGCCAGCCGAUCCACAUCCAGACGUUAGGAGCCCUGCCUGACCACCAGACCCAGACGCAGGGCUCCCCUCGGGGGGGCAUCGAGCACAGAGGCCUGAGCGCCCCCACCAGCACACACACGUCCAGUCAGGUCCUUCAGCCAGCCAAGAAGCGUAAGGUGGACAUGCCCAUCACUGUGUCGUACGCGUUGCCUGGUCAGCAGCUGGCCACGGUGCUGGCCAUUCCCCAGGGCCAGCAGCAGAGCUACGUGUCCCUCAGGCCGGACCUGCUCACCGUGGACAGCACACACCUGUACAGCGCCACCGGCACCAUCACCGGCCCCACAGGCGAGACGUGGACCAUCCCGGUGUACUCGGCCCCGGGUCAGCAGCAGGGCGGCAUCACGCACAUCACCAUCCCCCAGGACGCCUACGGCACCGCCCUCCAGGUCGCCGCCGGCGACAAGGACAAGCACCUCAAGAUGGCCAACGUCGCCCCGACGAGCAUGUCGGCGAACAUGGUGGGCGGGCAGGAGGAGGCGGCGGCCGUGCAGACGCUGGCCAACUCGCUGUUCCCCGCACAGUUCAUGAACGGCAACAUCCACAUUCCGGUGGCGGUGCAGACGGUGACGGGAGCCUACUCCAACAGCACGCAGCAGCUGCAGAUCUGGGACCCCCAGCAGCAGCAGCUGGUACCGGCACACGGGGCGGCGUUACAGGAGGCACAGGCAGCACAGCUACAGAAGGAAGACGACCUUCGGAAACUUUACGGCUUCAUCGUAGACCAACGCGACAGACCCGCGCCCAUUUCUAAGCCUCCGAGAGCCCGUCCCUCGAAGGUCAAAGCCGUUCCGAAGAAGCCAUUUCCAAGAGCCUGCCCCUCCUCGCAGGUCGAGGCCGUUCCGAAGAAGCCAGUCACCGAAAGGACGGGUCAGGCGGUGGCGGUGGCAGAGAUGGAUGCUCAUCAGCAGGCUUCAGCCCACAUGAUGCUGCCCCACUCCCUGAAGCCGGAGGAGGGCCUGGAGGUCUGGAAGAUUUGGGCCCACCGCAAGAACACACACAUGGACAAGGAGCAGGCCGCCAGACUCGCACCUAUUGGACGACGUCAGGCUAUGCGCUUCCGGGAGGACCUGGUGUCGUGUGCGGUGGCGGAGCUCAAUGUGGGGCUGUCGAUGUUGACGCAGGAGGCUCAAGGCCUGGACGGGCAGCGCUUCGAGGCAGACGUGCUCUACUAUAUCUUCUUAUGCAUACAGAAGUAUCUGUUUGAAAAUGGGCGAGUAGACGAUGUGUUUUCGGACCCCUAUUACACAGGCUUUCAUCAGAGGCUACACAGGAUACUGGAACCUUGGAAACCCUCCAUACAUCCCCUGAGCUACAUGGUUCCUAGUCACGUCACAGAGGAGAUGUUAUGGGAAUGCAAACAGCUGGGUGCACACUCACCUGCCACACUACUCACCACACUCAUGUUCUUUAACACCAAGUAUUUCCACCUGAAGACGGUGGAUCAGCACCUGAAGUUGGCCUUCUCUAAGGUUCUCCGGCACACCAAGAAGAACCCCUCCAACCCCAAAGACAAGAGCACCAGCAUACGCUACCUGAGGGGGGCUGGCCCACAGCACCUGGGCCAGAAAGGUAGAGGAAAGAUCUCUGAAAUGACGGAUGAUAUGUAUGCAGAGCAGGCCGAACACCCAGAAAACCCACUGCGCUGUCCAAUCAAGCUCUACGACUUCUACCUCUUUAAGUGUCCUCAGAGUGCGAAGGGCAGAAACGACACCUUCUACCUGACGCCCGAGCCCGUGGUGGCCCCCAACAGCCCCAUCUGGUACUCUGGCCAGCCAAUCCCUCGCCAGCAGGUGGAGUACAUGCUCGCCCGCAUCCUCAUGGUGCGCGAGAUCCAGGAAGCCAUCGCCAUGACCGCCGGCAUCCACUAAUGACACGCCCCCACGAGGAGAGAGAGACGGACACAUCCACCCAUUUCUCUCUCUCUCUCUCUCUCUCUCUCUCUCUCUCUCUCUCUCUCUCUCUCUCUCUCUCUCUCUCUCUCUCUCUCUCUCUCCAUCUCUUGUCUCCUCCUGUGCUUGUUUUCUCUUGUCUCUCCGCCUCUCCACUUCCUGUCUGCAUCAACGCUUGCCUUGUGUAUCAUCGGACACACUCUGCCAAAAGACUCCUACUGUGGAACCGUGGUGGUAGAGUGGCCUUUUCGUCUCCUUUCUAAUCACUUUGUUUCGCAUUUUUUUAAAGAAAAGAAAAAGAAAGAAAAAGAUUGUCUUUUUUUGGUUGUUGUUUUACUUUGGAUUUUUUUUUCUUCAAAGAAAGACUCCUUGUUGGCCUUGUGACCACUGCGCAGACAUUAACUCAUAAACGCCAUGUUGUAAAUGCCCAUGCUUGUUGCACAUGCACUCUUUCACUA